AGUUCGGAAUAUGAAGGUAGAGAAAAGCAGCUUAGAUUCCUCUCCUGAAUUUCAUGGUUCUGGAUAUUAUAAUAUGGAUAACAGGAUAGACUCAGUUACUCCUUUACUUCAUCGAUUCCCAUAUUCUAUUGUAUGGACUCCUAUUCCCUUGUUAACGUAUGCUGUCAUAUGUGCUAACAUCAUUACUAAUUGAAGAUGGUUUUUUCCUGUUAUUGGACAUAUGGGAAUCGCUAAUUCAUAUGGUGUUAUAUAUGAUUUUGCAGGCCCUUAUACUAUCGGGGAGGACCAAAUGGCUUUUGGAUGGCCAACGAUGUAUUACCAACCCCAUGCUAAACUGAUUGGGAGUCGGGAAGUCUGGGACAAUGCAAUCUCUGAAGCAAAUGAAGUUUAUAAAGGACGAGUGCAUAACCUUUUUUGUGAUAAUUGCCAUAGUCAUGUGGCAUAUGCUUUCAACAAAAUGCGAUUUCAAGAUAAGGAGAAUUGGAAUAUGUUCAGUGUUUCUGUAUUAUUAUUCUUUCACGGAAAGUAUGUUAGUAAACGUCACUGUUUUUCAUCAUGGUUUCCAUUCAUUCUUGUUGUAUGUGUAAUUUUGGCAAUAAUAUCAAUUGUUUUGCAUAUCAGUUGAAUCAUUUAUAACUAUCAUAUACAAACCAAUCAGACUGUACUUGACUGAUCUAAUCCAACUUUUUUUAGUUUAAUCAUUUUUAUUGUAAAAUAUAUUAUAUAUGUUUUCUAAUGUAAUGGAUCAUCGCAUUAACCUUUUUAGGUGAUUUUAGAAGUCCUUCAUAUAUAAUUAAUAUCAUGAUUACGGAUAUGUUUACUCGUUGAAAUUAUUUCUUUCCACCUUUUUUUUAAUAAGACAGUUAUUAUUUUAUUCAUGCCAACUAUUUUAACAAAAAAAAUUUUCUUUUAUAUAUAUGACUGGAAUUCUCUUUAAAAGGAUAUGUUUUAUGAUAUUGGUAUGAAAAUAGUAAUAAUGAUCAUCA